AUGGCCUAUAUUCGAGGCUCGGUGCUUAGCUUCUGCUCCACGAACGGGAAGGCUCGUUCGGGUACCACAGCCCACAUUCGAGUUUCGGUGGUCAGCUUUCGCUCCAGGAAUGGGAAGGAAUGUUCAGCCAUUUGGUCGCACGCGGGUCGUGUGCCGCCUCCCUGUCAGCGGGUUCUUCCAAUCUGUGUAACGUCUGGUGAUUCGCGUUCCACUUAUUAUCGUACCGUGGGCAUUUGCAUAAGAAUAACAAGGAGGAUUAUUGAUGUCUCCCCCCCCCCCCCCCCCCCCCCCCUCUCCGCCGUGGCCCCGCAGCCGCGGCGGCCCUGUCGGUUCCUGAUGGUCGGCGGUUUCUGUAUGAAACCGGCCACGGCUUUUGAAUGCGAAUGGGCCUAUUGCGUCCAAUCUGAGAGAUGGAGCCGAUGGAGAGAUUGGAGCUGGAAGGAGCUCUCGCGAGUAGUGCCCGCGAAGUCGCCGAAUUGGGCAUUCGCAAAU